AUGGAUACAAUUUCUGUUGCUAGUGCUACAAAUGUAUCUGCUCAAGUGAACAAUAUCCCUAUGCUGAAUGAGACAAAUUUUAAGGUCUGGAAGGAAGCCGUAGAAAUUGUUCUUGGCUGUAUGGAUUUUGAUUUGGCACUGAGAACAGAACGAUCCACUUCCACUCCGGAAGCCUCCAAUGAGGUAAAAAUUGAGAAAUGGGAUCGUUUCAAUCGAAUGUGCAGUAUGAUCAUGAAGCACUCUAUUCCAGAAGCGUUUCGAGGCUUUAAUUCUGAGGAUGAAAAUGCAAAGAAAUUUAUUGAUGAAAUUGAAUAG